GUGAUGCUGGGUACUUCUCUCUCCAGGCAUUGGUUGGGAAACAGGCUAGGCUUGGCCUAUUAAUAUUUGGGCUUGCUGACUGGCUGACUGCUGUUCAUUGUAUGACUGUCAACUGACUGUUCCCUCGCUUCACGAAUCACGAUCGAGUUCUUGUCUUGAUCUUGCCUAGAUACUAGAUAGAUUCUAUUAAAUUACUAUUAGGGCCUACCACAGGAAGCAAACCUGGAGGGAGUCAGUGGUUGUUUUGAUCGAAGGAUUUUGUGCUAAAAAAUAGGCAUCUUGACUAAUUUUGGUGGCUUUUCAUUUCAAUUUCAAGACUUUGUUGAUCUAUCAGUUUAGAUUUAAAGAUUCUUUGAUAGAUCUCGACUUUCAGAAUGAAGCAAGGUGUUCUUUUCAAUCUUGUGGGAACCGUGCUUAUCGUGGCCGCUACGGUUUUGCACAUUGUUUGCCUGUCGACACCAUAUUAUACUGAAGUAAAUAUGGAUGAAAUGGCAAAGAAAAUGGAACAAAGGCGACCAGGGGGAAAUGGAUUAUUUUCCCAAGGUGGUAUGGAUAGCACGUCGAUGGACGAGUCUGACGAGGCUUCAAACAUGGAGGACCACACAUCAAGCAUUGGACGUGGGCUUGGCGAAAACGGCGGGAUGGGUUCUGAUUUGAUGUCCGACAACGGAGGCUUUGAUGAAAGCCCCGUGGAGGGUUACCAUGAAGCAAGUUCAGGCGUAGUCUCUUCAUCAGCGUUAGAUGGUUUACAAGGCAAGAUCAACUUUGGCAUUUGGAAAUUUUGCGUCAGUGUGAAGAAUACUUUCUCAGCCUGUAUGGAGUGGACUUCCCAAGACACAGCUUCAGCGGGGACGGGGAUCGGCUUUAAAGCACCUGGAUGGUUGUAUGGUGUGCAAGCCAUGGCUGUGAUUGGAUCGAUAAUUGUUGGAAUCGCAUCAGUGCUUUCGGUCAUCAACCUGGUCAGAGAGAGCAAGGGAGACCGUCUGAGGCUACUGUACCUGAUUAUUGCUGCUACCUGCGUUGCUGGAGGUGUGUUCAUUCUCAUCGGAGACAUCAUCAUGGCCUCCAAGUAUUCAUCAGUUUUGGACGGCAUGGCACAGGGACAAGUUCCCCCUCAAACUUGGUCCUUCAUCAAGGACCAGUUCUACCUGAGCUGGGGUUUUGCUCUGGAUGUCGUCUCUGUGGCCAUGGCUGUUCUGGCCGGCGUGGCCCACGUCGUGGCCGGGCGGGCCGCCCUCAGCGCAAAUGGGGUGGUCUAAGGCCGCCUUCAGAGCCAAUGGGGUGGUCUAAGGCUGCCCUCAGGGCCAAUGGGGUGGUCUAAGGCCGCCCUCAGCGCAAAUGGGGUGGUCUAAGGCCGCCCUCAGCGCAAAUGGGGUGGUCUAAGGCCGCCCUCAGGGCCAAUGGGGUGGUCUAAGGCUGCCCUCAGGGCCAAUGGGGUGGUCUAAGGCCAUCUGCUGCCAUUUGUGGAACCAAAGGAGAGGAAUUUUUCAGUGGCUUUUGUAUGCGUGAAGGAUAGAAAUGGACAAAGCUUUAGCCACAAGGGCUUGUUUUUUCGGAAUAUGUAAGAGCCAGUGGCUGUUUCUUUUUAAGCAACAGUAUUUUGAUAUUCAUCAGCAGUCCUCUAAAAGAAUUGUAAAUCAUGUGAACAGCUUUAUAACAAAAUGCCGAUUAUGAAUUAUGAAAACUGUCGAGGGUGCUGAUAAGUUGAUACCUGAUCUGUGUGCUGUUAAAAGGAAAAAAACAACUGAAUUAAAGCUUUAUACGGUUUUUCAGGCCAUCUUGCCAUUUUGGCCCCAGCUUUUAACAAAAGUCUACUAUAAACAUUACAUAUUAUAUACUAAAUAGAGAUUAUUUGUUGUAGCAGAGGGAACAAAACAAAUAUAAUUUAGUCUCACUGUAUUCUUAUUUCAGUCAGUGCGCGCAUGCCGUGUAUUUUCUGGCUUUUUUUUCAAAACCUGUGUACAUCCCUGUAUAAAAUCAGUGCCUACAGCAGUUUUGUCACUAAAUAUUUCAAGUCUGUUUAGAUCAGAGAUCCAGCUGGUGAUUAGAAUGAAAAGAAAAGGGGUAGUUUGAAGGUUUUAGACAAAUCCCAAUUUUCUGCCCGUCAUAUAUUUCUCUCUAUAUAGAAAGACACUAGUAUUACAAUUCUAAAUGCCUUAUACAUCAUGUCUCACAUGGUUAAGAUGUCUAAUAUGAUUCACCUUAUGAUAUCUAGAAUUUAACGCUGAAUAUGCUGAUCAAUAUCGAAAACCGUUUGUGUCGUAAAUAUUGUUAUUGAUGAAAAUGUGUCCGAUGAGUACUUUUUUGUGUGUUUAAAAGCAUCUGGGCAUGGUGCUUAAGAAUUUGAUGUUAAUGUUUUUAUAUUUUUGUUCGUUUGUCACUUCCUUGGAAUUGUUUUUGAGUAGGUAGAGGUCCGUGGUGCUUGGCUAAUGCGCCAAUUUCAGAAUUGAACGAUACCAGGUACUCUAUUGUGGCGCCUAUAUUAUUGGUAUCAGGCACCUUAUUGUGGCUGUCUACAUAAUAAUGGUAAAUGUUGUUAAUGGUCUAGAGAAUGUGAAGGCCAACUGUGUUCAUUCAAGCUUCAUUAUAAUACUCUUGUCAUGUUAAACAUUUAAAAGAUGCCAGUGUUAAUCAGGUGAGAUCUGGAUAAAAUUGUCAGGUGCUUAGAACUUAAACUUCAUGAAGGAAAGUCCUCUAACUUUCUGUCAAGCAGGAAAAUGUGGGGGCUAAUAUGAAAAGUUGAAGACAAAAAUGAAAGCCUCAAAUAC